AUGUCUAAUAAUAGACAGUCAUACAAGUGCCCUAUAUUUGGUACUAUAGAAGAUUUAAAAGAAAAUGUGUUACCAACAUAUCAGGAUGUCAUGAAAUAUUACGAGUGGAGUAGAGUACAGGUAAAAAUUAAUAAUGGCAAUAACAAAGAGCCCACGUUUUCCGAAAUUGCAGAAAUUGUAACCAAGAAAGUGGAAGGAGUAUGGCAAAAAGCAUCAAUCCCUGUAGUCUCGCAUACAAGAGUAAUUCAGCUCCUGAAAGCUUAUCAUUCCAAAUGCAAAAAUAUUAUUAAAUCAUUAAAAAGAUUGUCAACUGAGAAAAAAACUGAGUUCUUGAAGAAAAGUGAAAUUUUAUUCGACAUUUGUUCAUGCAAAUGCAAGAUAUUAAGUCAGUGCAAUUGUCCCAGAUCAGUUAAAGUUCCUAAAGAAGAACACGACUUUUUGAUUGAUCAACGAGGUGAGAGAAAAAUGAGAAUCGGCGGCAUUGAUCGCAAUCGAACAAAAAGUUUGCAAAAAAAGUUUGUUCGAAAGCAAGCUUCAACAAAAAUCUAUCUGAAGAGCGACAACAACCAAUCCAUAAUGCCAGAAAAAGAAUUAAUGUUAUCAACAAGUAGUGAUUCUGAUACAAAUGUUUCAUAUCCGGAAAAGUUACACAAAUAUAUAGAAGAGCCCUUACCAUCUACCUCAGGAACAAUGGAAAAUAAGAUAUGCGUGAAAAGUUUACCCGUUUUGUCGCAAAUAUGUGACCGUUAUGGAGUAUCCGAUAGAGCUGGUGCUGCGAUUGCUUCUGCAGUUUUACAUGAACUUUCGUCAGAUAUCGUUAUAGAUAAAUCAAAACUGCGAAGAGAGAGAAGGAAAACACGUGACGCGCUUGUGAAGACUCAAGCGCCUUUAAACUUGCCUGCUUUAUAUUUUGAUGGUCGGAAAGAUAAAACCCUGACGAUUGUUACAAAGGGAACCAAAAGGUACAAGCAAGUAGUUAUUGAAGAACACGUUUCUGUAAUUAAAGAACCGGAUUCCAUUUAUGUAGGGUAUGUGACGCCAUCACAAGGAACUGCAAAGACUAUUGAGAUAUCAAUAAAUGCUCUUCUUUUCUCCAAAAGUAUUAGUACCGAUGACCUCUUGGCAAUUGGAUGCGAUGGAACAGUGAUAAAUACGGGUAAAUUUAGUGGUGUCAUAAGGCUAUUUGAAAAAAGACUUCAGAGACCUUUGCAAUGGAUAGUUUGCAUGCUGCAUUUAAAUGAACUGCCUCUGAGGCAUUUGUUUGAUUACAUGGAUGGUAAAACUUCUGGUCCAUCUACGUACAAUGGUCCUAUUGGUAAGUUGCUGGAUAAGAGUGAAACGCGAGCUGUAGUUGAAUUUGAGUCAAUACCAGGUCAAUUACCAACGCUAAAACCAGAAAACUUAAGCACAGACCAAAAAUAUUUGUAUGAAAUCACAUUAGCUGUAGUUACUGGAAGUUGUUCUGAUGACUUAGUAAAUAAAUCACCUGGAAAAAUGUCACAUGCCCGUUGGUUGACUAAGGCAAAUCGGAUCUUGCGUCUUUACAUUUCUUCUCCAAAACCAUCAACAAAUUUAAUUAUUUUGGCUCAAUAUAUUGUUAAAGUGUAUGCCCCCGUGUGGUUCCAAAUAAAGACACACUCAUCGUGUAAAGACGGAUCACGGCACCUUUGGAAAUUGAUUGAAAGUUCGCGAUUUUUAUCAUGUGCAUUAAAAUCAAUCAUAGAUCCUGUUAUUCAACGAAAUGCAUAUUUUGCUCAUCCUGAAAAUUUGCUUUUGGCAAUGUUAACAGACGAAGAAAAGCAUAUAAGAGAACUUGCAGCUAGAAGAAUUCUAAAAGCGCGUAAUUCACCUUCAAUGGGAAAACUACCACGCACUUUUGAAGUCCCUAAACUUAAUUUUGAUGCUAAAUGUUAUAUUGAUUUAAUAAACUGGCAAGAAACCAACUUUGAUCCACCUAUUCUAAGAAAUCAAACGAAUGAUGAACUUAUUCAAAUUAUAGAUAAAAAUGGUGACGAAAGGAUGUUGUUUAUUAGGCUGCCUUGCCAUACACAAGCAGUUGAACGAAGUGUAAAGAUAGUAACAGAAGCUGCAAUGUCAGCAUGUGAUAAAAAAACAAGAGAUGGUAUGAUUCAUGCAAAACUAGCUUCAAGGAAAGUUAUGCCGAAAUUCGAUAGUAAGCGGGAUUUUUUAUAUAAAAAUAAAUAA